AUGAAGGUCAACGGCGUCUGGGUCCCAGCUGCCGCCACCAGAACGGCUUCACCAACGCCGUCUGUGGCUUCCGCGGGCAGCUCCUGGGACAGAGUGUUGCCUGCACCCUCCGUGGGCACUCCGCUCUUCCUGACCCCGCCAGGGUCAGCUGGCGCGCUGACGCCGCCAGGCGGAGGGCCCGACCCUCAGGCGCUGGAGCUGGCAAGGCGCCUGCUGGAGCAGCAGGCCCAGCCGCUGGCACCUGCCAAGAGCACCGCCGAGGUCAAGGGCUCGACGGCGCGGCUGUGGGGCCUGGGCCGCUCGUGCGUGCGCUACUGGUGUGGACGCCGCGGCGGGCUACUGACACAAUGGGCCUUCUUCCUCGUCCCGUGCAUGCUGGCGCCAGCGUGGCUGGCCCCAUCGCUCACGCGGAGCGUGGGGGGGGCCAUCGCGCAGGUGGCCAAGAACGCCACCCUCCUUGUCUCGGACAUGGCGGUCUCGCUGACGAAGGGCUCCAUGUCCCUCGUGCAGGAGGCCUGGUCGGGCGCUGAUCUGGCAGAGUCGUCGGUGAAUGCUUCGGGGGCCCGUUUCCUGGUGCUGAAGGGUGUCUCCACGAAGGCCUUGGAGGUGAGUGAGCUUGCCCUCACCCUCGAGCCGCUGCCAAGUGAGUACGACGACCUCCUCUGGAACGCGAUCUCGGGUGUGGACCAGCUCGUCCCUCAUCUUGCAGUUUCUGAGCAUCGGUUUCGAACAGUCUCCUACUUCGAUUCCUUUGAGUACGAGAUGCGCCUGUUCAAGAGCGGCUACGUCAGCGUCCGUUUCGUGUGGGCCAGGAUGUCGUUCAAGGCGGUCUGGGCCAACCCGUUGUGGGAAUUUCUCGGCCCCAGCUUGUCCCCAGAACUCGAGGCCAUCGGCGGCCGCACCAGGGAGGCGGUCUCGGCGGCCUUCGACCUCGACUGGCUCCGGGAGCCUCUCUCCGAGUCCGAGGACGAGCUGCAGGUUGGCCCGCCCGACUGGAUCAGCUGGUAUCAGCUUUGGCGCCAGCAAGUACGCUGGGCGCUGAUCGCAAACGGGGUUCGGUGA